UGAACUCCCCUGGGCGUGUCAGUGUUUGGGUACCAUAUCUCUCUCACCUACAUUCUGUUAUUCAUUUUUUACGUGGUUGGGCUGAUAAUAAGGUAGAGUGAGUAUUCGUAAAGGUGGGAGGAGAAAGAGAGAAGGAGAAGGAGCUUGCACAUCCCAUCUUGUCAGGUUCCUCCUUCUUACUGUGGUUUUUCUCUCUCUCCCCUUGCGCAUCCAUCCAUCCAUCCUUACCUUACCUUACCUUUCUUUACCUUACGGAGCAGUGGACUGGAACUGGAGUAGGUGUGCUCUUUACCUUAACCACCUUGGCUUUUUCUUUUCCUUCUCUCACUUACUCUCUCUUCCCUCUCUCUUCUUUUCCCUCUUCCUACUCUCUCCCUCCCUUCCUCUCCUGUUCUAUCCUCAUCCUCCUCCUCAUCUGCUCACCCCAUCCAUCCAUCGUUCUCGCCACCCAAUCCCCAUAAAAUUUAAUUAUUUCUCCGUCUCCAACAAAAACGGCCAAAUCCCAAACUGGACGCUCUCCAAGGAACCCAGGGAUAAGAACGAAUAUCCAAGACCAAGGACGUCCUGGUGCACCGGCACAUCCAUUAAUGGAUACUUGAAGCGCCAUUAGAGACAUUGGACAUUGCUCUCUUACAUAUACUUUUCUCCUCCGCCUCUGGGACCCAAUGUCACUGAUAAGCAAGGCUUAUCUCAUCCUUGCCGCCAUCGUCACUUGAGAGUCCACCGAUAUCGAUCCAUCAAAACCCCCAUUCAUCCAAUCCAUCCAAUCCCAAGUUUGGAUUACUUCCCAGUCCCGGGCCCCAAAUCCGGCCCUGCAUCCGCACCGCACCCCCCCAAAAAAGUACAACCACCAUUACAUUUCCAUCACCAAAAACGGGCGCAAAUCAUUCCGCCUUGGCCACUCCUGUCCUGCGGCGCACACUACCUUAUCUUUGCCUUUCCCCAAAGAAACUCGAAGCCGCGACCGCACCGCGCCCCCUCGGACUUUCUACAUCCCACCCCAGAUCUUGACGAGGAACCACACAAACUCAACACAUACCUACCUUGGACAAGUACCUCUUCUCGAGUCUCUGGACCUUGGAACGCCUACCUUUUCCAGAGUAUCCCGUUCCUAAUUCCCGUCGUCGCCUUAUCUUGUACCCCCUCGCACGCACGCGACACAACGCGCCUCACUACUCGGACGGAUACCUAUCAGCCUCUUGCUAGGUAGCUCUUGGGAACACAAUCUUCUCGUGUCUUUGUUCCACUGGGCCCCGUUCAUCUCACGCCAAACCUCGCAAUCGCUACCGGCCGUUGUCCGUCUGCUGGCGUACCUGAUCAUCUUUGCCCGCUGCCGCCUCCCAGGUUUCCAACAAGCCCGUCUUAUCUCAACCGGCCUCGGCGCACCGUAGCGUUAUCAGUCCAGUCCCUGUGGUGGCCCGUCUGCUGUUUCGUGUUACAACACAGGCUCACCCAUAGGAAUUCAUCAAGAUCGAAUUACCGCUCGCCAGCCAAUCUCAUUUGGCGGAUCCUGCAUUGGUGCUACGCACACAAUUCUCAAAUCUCACGUCAACUCGACCACAGAUAUUCUUAUUCCUCUGCCGUCGAUCUCGAGUGGCGGCCCAGACCUAGGACCAGCACCAGGAUCAAGCCAACGAGCAACAUUGCAUCACUUGCUUCGCAUCCCAUCCCAUCUGCUGCACGUCGUGGGGCUCCUUUGAACCAGCUUCCUUCCCCGGGAGUGUGCCAGCCUCUCCCGUCUGCUUCCUUGGCCUUUGGCGAAGCCUAUCGUCCUAUCACCGUUGUCAUAUCUCCGGUCAACCCUAGGGAGUAAAUUCACGCCCGCUUCAUUCCCCCAAUCUCCAGACAAGGGCCCCGGGACCUCGACUUGACGAACCGGGUCCGUCCGCUCGUCUGCUUCCCCUGCGUCGGCCCAGCCCUGCCUGUAUAUACAUAGCAUUGUCUCUACUGCCGCGCAUUACCUAUCCAUCAUGUCCAACCCAAGUGCCGUCACCAGGACGGCUCCCAUCGCCAUUGCACCAAAACCUCCCCGCCGCCAAAACUCUUAUCUGCAAGAGGCAUUCACGAACCUCGAACUUUUCCGCGGCGGCAGCAUGCCUGGACGGGAAAUCGCAGAGUCGGUUGGCUCAUAUACCACACGUUCACUCAGCCCAUGUGAAUCCUGCCAACGAUCCAGGGUCAAGUGUAUCGUGAGCGAAGACGAAGAUAGCUGCAUACCUUGCCAGGCUAGCGGAUCCGAUUGUUCCUUGCUCAACAGCCCCCAGCCAAGGAAACGCAAGUUGAACGGUGACUUUGACGACAGUGGUAAAAGAAGUUCACCAGCUAGAGCCGAUAUCAGAAGGCGAAGGCAACAUCAACCCAGCCUCUCCAGCACCACAGGAAGCAGCUCUUUUCUUGAAGACAUGGCGAAUGUCGGAGGCCCGACUCUGCUCAAGCGGACGCUGGGUCUCCAAAAUGAUCGCUACAGCCAGUACAUAGGCCCGACGACCGACUUCGAGCCUUCUCUCAUCAACCUCUCACCAUUCAACCCUCAGGAUGAGAGUCUACUGGCGCGCGGCACUCUGCGCAAGGUCAGUGACGAUGACACGUUCCUACUACUACCAGAUUCCAACACCCCCGGCCACGAGCACAUCCUCGAGGAUAUCGAAGAGAUUGAGGGUCUCGUGCGGCCAUAUGGCCGCAAGCUAGUAGAUUUGUACUUCCGCAUCGUCCACCCCGCCUUCCCGAUUAUUCAGAAGACCGUCUUCCUGGAAAAGUACGAGCGCAGCUACCGCGAAUUUUCGCCUUGUCUACUAGCUGCUGUUUACCUGUUUGCCAUCAACUGGUGGGAGCACGAUGAAGAGCUCGCGCAAGUCCCUCGACCCAACAUUCCCAACCUCGAGCGGAUGAUCCGGACAACCCUUGCCGACGCAAUUUAUCGUCCGAAACUGUCCACCAUCCAGGCUGGUCUCCUUCUCUCCCAGCGACCCGAAGGCGAUCAGUGGGCUCCGACUGCUCAGCUCGUCGCCACCGCCCAGGAACUUGGCCUUCACCUCGACUGUACGCACUGGAAGAUCCCACCUUGGGAGAAGGGAUUGCGGAAACGCCUCGCCUGGGCUUUGUACAUGCAGGACAAAUGGGGUUCGCUCGUUCAUGGGCGACCCUCGCACAUUUUCUCGACCAACUGGGGGGUUCAACCGCUUACGGAUCAUGACUUUCCCGAUGUCGAGUGGGACGAGAAGGACGUGGAGGAGAAGCUGGAUAUCGAGCGCGGUCGUACAUUGUUUGGUCAAAUGGUACAAUUGUCGCAGAUUCUUGCCGAGAUUCUCGAUACCUUCUACUCAUUGCAGGCCAUGCAAAACGUCACCAACGCCGGUGGGCAAGGCACGCAUCUGGUUUUGGGCAUGGCAAAGCCCAUACAACUGAAGCUCAAGGAAUGGUAUGCCAGUUUGCCCGCAGCCAUUCGUAUGGACAGCACGUAUUCGUCAAUCUCUGCCCCGCCGGGUCGUUUGUCAAGCAUCGGAUACCUCCACCUUGCCUACUUCGCCGCCGAAAUCACACUACAUCGCCGUAUCAUUCGUUCGCUCGAAGCCACCGGAUCGGCUGUCGAUUCCUAUGUUCAGCACAUCUGCCGAAGCGCGGCCAAGGCUCGUCUUAUUUCCGCAAUGGACUUUGUCAACCGUUUGAACACCUCGCACCUUCGCUCCUUCUGGUACUUUGCGUCCAAGACCAACUUCGCCCUCAUCGGCACAUUUGGUUCUCUUCUGUGGGCGACAUCCCCAGGACGAGAGGAAGCCGAUUGGUACCGUAGGCGCUUGGGCGAAUACCGCUGGACGUUAUCCGUGAGCUCGAAGCCUGGCGAAGGCAAAGGUCUCACCAUGUUUGCCAUGACGAUGCUCGAUAUUUCGACCGGCCUGCUCAAGAAACUUCCUGAGAAGCCCUCAAUGAGCCGCAGCGGAAGUGUGGUGGAUAUCGGACUUGGAAGCAUUAGCAGCAGCUUUGCUAACAAUGGCUUGCUUUCUCUUGGGCAGAGCGCGCCAGCAACCAUGAGUCUUGGAGGAUUUAGCGGACUGCCCAGCGCCGACGUGAGCAACGCACAGAGCCCCCUCAGUGUGGACAGCAGCGAUGACGAGAUGUACGAGACAUUCGCCCCAACGUCGGGUAUGGCAGGCUUGGCCGAAUGAAGAGCGUUGAGUGCAGCGGCGAUGAAUGGAUCAUCGCUAAAGCUGUGAAGGGGAGAAUAAUGACAACACGAAGAGACGAAGACUCGCUCAAGCGGGAGAUGCCCUCCAAGAGAACGGAGCUUUUCUUUUGAAGGAUUUUGGGAUUGCAUCAUGAUCUGCAGGAUACCACUGGUUGAUGGGCGGCGGGCCUCGCAAAGGCUGUGUCAGAGAGUUGGGAAGAGAGCGAUGCCCGCCGUCCACGACCUCAUAUUGAUGAUAUUUCGGACUUUUUUUGCUUUUUGGUCGGGAUCGAUGAUGCGAGAAGGAAAACCCAACGCGUUUCACUCGGUGUCGGCGCAAAACUCUCGGGAGGGAUAUAUACCAUCCGUUAUCUUUGAGCGGGACGAAAGUCGUAGCAUCGGUUUUUGGAGGUUGAGCGAUCCAUACCUUGCCUUACAUAUUAGCAUAGAUUGCAGAGCUUUUUUGAUGAGAUUAUAUAUACCUUGAUGUCUUGCG